GUUUCCACUCUUUUCUUUCUCUUCAGAGUGUUCUUUUCCCUAUUUCAAUCUCUAUGCUAUCUUCUUUAACUGUUAAAUACUCAAUUUUAGUCUGCUGAUAAGUACGAAACACAUAUAUGUUCAAUUGUCAAUCACUAUUGACGCUGCGAUCAACCCAAAUCUAAAUUGAUUCCAUCGAGGUUUAGCUCGAUUUCGAUUCCGUUGAUCUGAAAUGUCAGGAAGAGACCGAUAUCACCGAGAGGUUCAAGACCCUUACCAUGAUCGGCGUCGUUUUACUCCCGAGAGACCAUUCCUCCGAGCCCCUCCACCUCCAUCACUGUUGGAAGAUCUUCAGAUACAGGAGGCUGAAAUCCGGAGGCUUUUGGGUGAUAACCACAGACUAGCUGACGACAGAAUGCUUUUGGAGAGAGAGCUCGUUGCAGCUAAAGAAGAGCUUCACCGUAUGAACCUGAUGGUUUCUGAUCUCCGUGGUGAACAAGAUCUGCAGUUGAGGGAGUUCAGUGAGAAAAGGCAUAAACUUGAGGCGGAUAUCCGUGCUAUGGAGACUUAUAAGAAGGAGGCUGCGCAGUUGCGUGGUGAAGUUCAGAAGCUGAGUGAGAUUAAACGUGAACUUAGUGGUGAUGUUCAGAUACUUAGGAAAGAUUUGGUGAAGUUGCAGUCGGAUAAUAAGAAGAUUCCGGGUUUGAGAGCUGAGGUUGAGGAUUUGCAGAAGGAGCUUAUGCACGCUAGAGGUGCUAUUGACUAUGAGAAGAAGGAAAAGUUUGAGCUUAUUGAACAGCGGCAGACAAUGGAAAAGAACAUGGUUUCUAUGGCGCGUGAAGUUGAAAAGCUACGAGCAGAACUUGCUACUGUUGAUAGUAGGCCGUACGGUUUUGGUGGAUCAUAUGGGAUGAAUUUCAACAAUAUGGAUGGCGCUUACCGUGGUUCUUAUGGAGAAACCGAUGGUUUUCUGGGAUCUACGGAAAGGAGUCAAUAUUUCAGCCAUGGGUCUGGCUCACAGAAGAAACCUCGCUUGGAUCGUCACUGAAUCUUAUAAACGAUCUUGGGAAAAUGAAAAUGAGGUGAGUCUGUAUAGGCCACUUUGAAUCAGAACGAUAGUUCCUCUGCUCUCUCAAUAAGGCAUUUUAAUUAUGUAAGUUAGAUGGCUAAACUAUACCGUAUGUUUCUAUAAUUCAAUGAUUUGGUUUUUCCUGUUAUCCUUUUAUCCCUCUUACUCUGUUGCUCGCAUCCUUUACUCUCCGGCUUUGAU